GAAAGAGUUGUCGAUUGUCUGUCGCACUAAUAAGUAAUACGCUCGUAGAUUAUUAUUGUGGUUUUGUGUCUAACAUAAGCGGGGUAGGAAGCAAACUAAGAAACAUCUUAGUUUUCAUAACUUUUAUAAUAUGCUUUUGUAAUAUCGAGUAGGGAAGUAAUGGCUGGUAGUGAUAGCGAGAAUGAGGUGUUUGAAGAUGCACUGGAUAAAGAUUCGUUUCCAUCUUUAGAUUCGGAACAUAAGGAAUUAUCAUCAGAACAUACAUUUCAGACAGUUGAUGAAUCAUUGACAGAAGAAGGUGAAGACUGGAAGCUUCAAGAAGUUUUAGAUGAAACAAUUGGUGCAUUGGAUUUGUUUCUGAACAACAAGUUUAAUGAAGCACUUGAAAUUAUAUCAUCCAGGGCACAUACCAGUAUUUAUCAUGGAGUAGGACGUGGAAUGGUGCUGUUUAUACAAGCAGUAAUGACAAUGGAAUUGAGUUACAUAGAGAUGGCUAUGGAUGCUUUGAAACAAGCUGUUAAAGUCUCUCAGAGAUACAGAAAGAAAGUGUCAACAGUAUCUCGGAUAUUUCGUAGUCCAGAUUACAAUACCUACACCGAGGUGGAAGUUCAUGCUGAGCUAACAUAUGCAGAAUGUUUGCUGAUGAACGCCAUUUUAACUUUUAUUUAUGACCAAAGUUUAUACACCUUUCUCAAGGGAGGGUUAAGGAUUCGAUACUGCUAUCAGUCCUACAAAGAAUGUCUACAUAUUCUGAACACUCGUGACUUUGAAGAUGUAGAAAGAAAGAAACAUUUUGAGAGUGGAGUGCGGAUGGGUGUUGGGACUUUUAAUUUGAUGAUAUCGCAACUACCAACACGAGUGAUGAGGCUACUGGAAUUUAUUGGAUUCUCUGGUAAUAAGAUGUUUGGACAGAAAGAACUAGAAGAGGGGUGUAACCUGAAAGAUGGGUUGCGUUCUCCAUUGUGUGUAAUCCUGAUGACUGGUUUCCACACGUACGUUGCAUAUGCUUUAGGUAAACCCUGGAUUUUGUAUGCUAUACAGUUAUAUGAACAGAGCAUUAAAGUACAGCAGGAAUGGAGACAAUUCCAUUACAUGUGUUUCUGGGAGAAGAUAUGGUGUUACUGCUACAAAUGUGACUGGGUUAAUGCGGCGAAGUGCUGUGAUAUAAUGCGUAAAGAGUGUCGCUGGUCACCGGCCACUUAUUCCUACCUUUAUGGCUGUUUCUUGUAUAUGCAGAUGCAGGAUGGAGAUAAUAGCCUAAUGGAGGAAGUCACUAACGUGCUCAAGAAAGUUCCAGAGCUAAAGCAAAGAUUAGCAGGAAAGACUGUUCCAAUUGAGAAGUUUUGCGUGAACAGAACAGAAAAGUUCUUCAGACAAGAAUGGAGUCUUUCAUUACCUCUUCUGGAAGUAUUGUACUUCUGGAAAUGCUAUCCCGUUUUGGCGAAAACCCCUCACCUACUGAGAGUAUUUCUAUACAUGAUAGAAAGUGACAUUGCUAAAGUAAAAGAAGGUCAAGCAUCUCUGGACGACUACUACAUGCUGACUUUCUUGCAUGGUGUCGCUCUGAAACAUCUUAAUUAUCCUCUCCAAGCUGAAGAGUGUUUCAAAGAGAUUGUCAGGAGUGAGAAAAAGAUUACAGAUGACACCUUUCUACCACCUUAUGCAGCAGGAGAGCUCUGUUUUAUGUUCCUUGAACAAGGAAGAGACUCGGAAGCUUUAGAAUGGCUCCAUGUAGCGAAACACAACUACCAUGGCUAUCUUACUGAAGUGACUCUACACUUUCGGCUCCAUGCUGCCCACAAGAAGCUGCAAGCUAGGAAUCAUUCCUUCACAGAUCUUUCAGGAACAUUAUCCUCUCUUCCUUGCCAUUCUCCUCAACCAGCCUUCCCUUCCAUGGUUGACACUUUGGAGAUUUUGUAGUCCUCAUCUUCUGAGUCAGGUCAUCCUUCGAUCAACAUUAUGGUUCCUCUUGAAUUCUUAAAGUCAACAAUAAAUGUAACAUUUGUAUUUUUUAAUGUUUCUCUUCAAAACAUUUCCUAAAAUUUGGUUAUCUUCUAAAAUAAAACUAUUUGUAUACUUUUGUUAAAUCGUAAAACAUUCACAUUGGAAAUCCAAUUGCUUGAAUGGUGCAACUUUAUUAUGUAUAUAUUCAAUGUUGGUCACGUUAUUUAAAAAAAGUAACUUUUUUACUCAUCACCUGUUGUUGUUGUUUUGUCAGAAGAGAGUAAUAUAAUGUUCUUGCACAUUAAUAAAUUUAAAAAUAAGCACUCUGUAUUAUUUGUUACAUGUUACUCGUUACAUUUGUUUCUGUUGACUUGUAAUGCAAAACAUCUAUAACUAUUUCUUACUUUUUUAACUAUACAUCAGGAAAUGAAUUUAUUAAAUGUAUAUCAAUCUGAGUGAAUAAUGCGCAUGUGCGUAAUUAGCCAGAUAAAAACGAAACUUGAAACCUCAGUGCCGAUAAAGCCAUUUUAUUAGCUGAUUUCUAAAAUUGAUCUUGGCAGCCACACAAAUAAAAAAUCAUAUUUGGCACAUCGUUUGUAUAUUUUAUUAUCUUAUAAUUUAGAAACCGAAAGUUAUUAUGCCUUUAAAAAAGAAAAGGGCAUUAAUGAGAGAGAGAGAAGGUAAUAAGAGAGAGUAAUUGUAAUAACAUUACUUCCAUAAAACAUCCAACGUGUUAUAAUACCUCAUUAUCGGCAAAAGUAAUAUUAUACUACAGUAAGGAGUUAUUUAAAUAACACGUUACCCCAACUUUGAUUAUAUAUUUGUUUGGAAUGUUUUACUCGUAUAGAACUCUAGUUCUUAAUAAUAUUUCAAUGACAUCAAGUACAAAUACUUUGACUAAAUAAGGUUAUAAAUUGUAUCUAAUAUAUAAUGUAUCUAUAUAUAUUUGUUAUAAUUACGAUAUAUUAGGCACUGACAAUGAAAGUUGAAAAAUUUUAAGGUAUAUACAGAUGUUGUUGUAUAGACUAAAUAAAUGCACCAGCUUGCUGUGUGUAGCUAGUACAUUAUUAGAA